UAUUCUACAGAGGAUAAAAUUGCUCAUUAAAAACAUUUCACAGAAUCCUUUUGGGAAAAUAAAUAUUAGUAACGUCUAUGUAAUUUUGUUAUUUUCUUCAAACAGAUUGAUGAAAGAAACAGGUAAUCCUGGGUUUUGCUGAAGAUUGCAUCUUCCUGUCAUCUAUCUUGAACCCAAGCUUUUCCUUGCAAUUGAACUAGGAGCUACACGCUCUCAUCGAGGAGAGACAUAAGCCAGGUUCCACUGGACUAAGCAUGGAAUCAAGUGAAGGGAGAAAAAGAAAAAAUGAAAUUGACAUACCUUGUUCGAAGAAAAAGAAAAAGACUAAGGGACAGGAAACUGAAGAGCCCAUCUAUUCAUGUGGAGAUGAAGCAAGAAAAUGUGUCUCAGAUACACUCAAAAAACUUGAAGCGGUAUCUGACAGAGAAGGCUUUACCUUCUUCAAAGACAUAAAGGAAAAGCUUUUGGUUUUGAAAAAUAAAAAUUUAACUGACAAAAUGUAUAUUGGUGUUUUUGGAAAAUCAGGAGUAGGAAAGAGUUUUUUAAUAAAUGCUCUUCUGGAUGAAGAGUUUCUGCUGCCUUCAGGAAGUGGAGAAGCAUGUACCUCUGUUUUAAUUGAAGUGCAGGCAGACACAAAUGCAACCAAUUACAAUGCGGGCAUCGAGUUUAUCAGCAAAAGCGAGUGGGAGUCAGAUCUACGCUUUAUGAAGGACAUGAUAGCUGAUGAGGCCACUGAAGAUGGAGAUGAGUUGGAAGACAUGGCAAGAGAAAAAAUCGAAGCUGUUUAUGGAAGCAAAGGAAUAAACCAAAGCUAUAAUGAACUGCUAAAAUCCCAAACACCCCAACCAUUUCCCACCACACUGAAAAUCUUCAAGGACAAUGCAUCUGAUCUUUCCAAAGCAAUAGGCUGCUAUAUUCGCAAUGAUGGAAGUUUCCCACAAAAGUACUGGCCUCUAGUGAAGAAGGUCACAAUUAGUCUGCCUGCCUCUUCUAAAUAUCUUGAUCGAAUAGUGCUGAUUGACCUUCCUGGAAGUGGAGACAUCAAUAAAGAGAGAGAUGAGAUGUGGAAAACGUGUCUUAGCAAAUGUGCAUCGGUUUGGAUUGUGAAUGAUAUCACCAGGGCAUUGAAUGGAAAGGAAUCAAUCCACAUUCUUCGGAACACUUUCCGAAUCAUUGCUGGUGGGGGAGAGUGUUGCAACAUUGCUUACAUUUGUACUCAAACUGAUAGAAUUGAUCCAGAGGAAUUCAAACGACAAUUCAACAUUACCAAUGCAGACCUUGGACUCGCACCCAGUGAGCAAUCGGAUAAACAGAAGGAAAAAGAAGCUGCUAUAGGGUUCCGUAAUCAAAAAUAUAAAGAGAAGAUACAAGAGCUCCUGGACAAAGAAGCAAAGAAAUGCCUCCUCGGAGAUGAAGAGGAAUCAGAAAAUGUUUUUAAUGUAUACACAGUGAGUUCCCAAGAGUAUAUGAACAUACGGAAAGGAAGGACAGCAAUCAUGAAAGAGAAUGAUACAGAGCUGCCAUUGCUUCAUGAACACAUCAGGAAUAUGGUGAUCCAACACUCUCAGAAAGCAGAGAAGGACUAUAUCACUGAAGUGUUUGGUGUUCUCUCAUGCCUCACUUUUUCAAAGGACAAUGAAAAGCUCGUUCAGGUUGCAGAGUUCAACAGUGAACUUUCUGUCCUGCUAAAAAAUGAACUGGAUAAGGUGUGUGAAAACUUAGUAACUUUUUUGAAUGAUGUUUCUGAAAACCUGGAAAGUUGUCUGAAGGAUGGAGUUGUAGAAGCUGAAAAGAUGUGCAUUAAAAGUGCGAUGGAUGAAGUUAUAAAGCCAAAAAUGAAAAAUUUCAGAGGCUACCACAGGACACUCAAAGCUGUAUGCCGAAGCAAUGGAAGUUACAGCUCUUCAAAAGGACCAAUUGAUCUGAAUUACACUUUGUCAAGACCAAUGUACACAUCUGUGAAUAAAACAUUUCUUCAAACAUUCAGAAAUUCAAGGAGCUCCAUCAAUAUUAUCUUUGACAAUGUUCUGUAUGACUUUAUUUCAAGUGAGAGGUUGAACAAGUAUAAAAGUUCUAAAGUUUACCCACAAGUGGUGUUUGUGAAAACAGAGCUAAAAAGAAUACUGAGUGAAUUGGAAAAGGAAAUCCGCUACAUAAAGAAAAGCAUCAACAACUCUCUCAGUGACUCAAUCAAGAAAAUCAUGCAGCCAGCUUAUGAGGAGGCAUCAAAAAUCUCUGGAACUCAUGCCUUUAAGAAAAUUCAGAAAACUCUUGAAGACAGAAUUGUAUCAUCACAAAAUACCAUGUUCCAGAGGGCCAAGGAAGAGAUGUUGCACAGAUUUGAUGACCUCAAGAAAUUGGUAAAUAACAGAAUCAAAGAAAAAAUGAAAGAAUCAAUCACUCUGGCUCUAAAUCAGUCUGAAGUGGAUGAAACUUUCCCAGAUAUUCGAGAUGAAUUUAAAACAAUAAAAAAAUGCUGCAAAGACUUACAAAUCACCAUGUGUGAAUAAAAAAAUUAGUUAAAAUGCCAAUGAAGUCUGACAAUAUAGAGUAUUGUAUAGGAAGAGUUGUUUGAGCGGCAUUCUUUUAAAAGAAUAAUUGUACUUAUUUUUCUACUGCUACUUGUUUUCUUAUAAUAGAUUCUUCCAAAGCUUAAUUUGAUCAUUAAUUGUUUUUUUCAUAAUACUUUGAAUGGUGUGUUAAUGAUUUUUAAGUAAAAAUGAUGCAGGUUUUA